AUGACGGAACUCGCAUUCGCAAAGCAGUUCCUCACGGCGCUCGAGGCGCGCCCCGCCCGCCUCUCUAGCGACCAUGUCGUGGACCCCAAGAGCUACCCAGCACAGCCGGCGUUCAUCCUCCCGCGCAUGCCUCAACCGAAGCGCAAACCCACCGCCCGCAGCAGCAGCACCACCGAACCCACCUCCACGGCCGCAGACGCAACUUCUCCCCCCACCACCGCCGCCGCCGAAGGGCCCCUCGCAACCGUCACCCUCAAACCCACGCGCGCCACCCUCCCCACCUACACGCUCCCCGCGCCCGUCUCCAUCGCCACGACCUCGAUCCACGACCUCAAAGCCGCCUACGCCGCGGGCUCGGGCGCGCCGGACCUGCGCACCGACAAGAUCAAGAUCCUGCACGCCAAGAAGCCCGUCAACGACACCAAGACGAUCAAGGACGUGCUCGGCGCAGCGGCGGCGGUCGAUGCGGCGUCGUCGGCCCCGCUCGCCGUCGAGUUCAGCGUCAUGGUGCUCGGCGGAGGCGGCGGAGGCGGGACACCGUCUGCAGGCACGCCGGCCAUCUCGACGCCUGAGCGCGUCGCCAGCCCGCCCGUCGCCGUUCCUCCCGCCGCAGCUGCACCACCGCCGCAGCCUUCGCAGCCGGAAAUCGAGAUGGGCGAGGCGCCCGUGGCCGCGGGCCCGGAGGAGGCGGCGGGGAUACUGCAGACGGAUGAGUUCUGGGCGGACUUGAAGGGCUUCCUGGUGCAGAGGUUGAAGGAUGAAGGGGAAGGGGAGAGGUUGGCGGGCGUGUUCAAGGAGGCCUGGCAGCAGAAGGGUGGCAGCGCAUAG